AUGGCUGACUACAAGACAAUUUUCUUCUCCAUUGACAAGGAGAAAAACCAUUAUAUCACAAUCAAGGAUUUGGAGGAUUAUGUGAAGGAAAAUCGAAUGAGCCCAACGGUUGUGGAGAGAUGGAUCCGGUUAUUUGAUCCAAAAGGAACUGGAAAAAUUACCCUAGAAGCAUUCUGUGAAACCCUACAAGAAGAUAUGGACGAGUUAUUGAAGCAGUAUCCUUCAGUAACUGUUCAACAAAUUCAAAUAAUUGAACAAGAAAUGUCAGAAAGAAUGAUGGAAGAUAUUUUAAAAGCAACGCGAAAAGCAGUUGAGGAAAAUCCAGGUGACCUUCAAAGACAAGCAGAGAAAAUCAAGGUGCAUGCAGAAAAUCGUUACGGUGAAGUGUGGCACGUUUUCAUAGUGAAUGGUUCAAAUGGUUACUUCUACUCACAUAUGCCAAAUCACUCGCUGUCAUUCUUCUUCUCUGGUAACCACUACAUUAUUUUCUGCACUCCCAGCAUGGCUCACUAG